CACGCAAGUCGCAUCAACCUAUCGGGAUCGGGAUCCAAUAUCAAAUAUGGCGACCUGUAACAAGGCAGCCACAAGAAUCCCACAACAUCUCAGAUAUACCUAUCUGUCGCAUGGACAAAGGGUAUUAAGAUACUACAAAAGGGCAUGUCGAAACUUUGAAGCAAAUGCAGGUCAUCCUCUUGAUGCAAGGAUGUCCAAAGUUGAAUUAAGAGCGAAGAUCGAUGCAAAUAAAUAUGAGGCUGAUUAUGUUAAAGCUGCCAAAAUGUUAGAGGAAGCAGAAGCGGAUAUACUCACAAAAUGGGUAUUCCCUGCCAAAAAUUGGUCUCCUGGUGGAACAUGUUAUGGAAGAUACAUUUAUUUCCCAGACUAUUUUGUUGACUACUGGCAUCCUCUGGAAAAGGCCCAGUACCCAAAAUACUUUGCUACUCGGGAAAUCCGGAAAAUGGAGUAUAUCAUGUGGUGGCAAAAGAAAUACGGAACGGGGGCAGGGGAGGAGACUGAAAAAAGAGAACCAGCACAUUAGUGGCUGGAAUCUGUAGACAACAAUUACUCUUAAUAUUUCAGAUUUUCAUGGACACUCUUGUUUGUACAUAGUUUUUCAAAGCAGACUCCCAGCAUGCAUUCUGAAGAGAGAACUGACAUUAAACCGUGAAUUUAUAGAUUGUUAUUUUGCAAUACUUUUUGCAAAAGUAAAUUGGUCCAGACAUGA